AUGAUAGCAAAUCAAUUAUCAACAUUAUCGUUAACAUUAUCAACUGAUUUACCCAAUUUACAAAUUCGUAAUUUGGCACGAAAUAACUUUAAAGGAAAUAUUUUUCAAUCAUCCCUUAUUUAUCUUCGUGAACUUUAUUUAAGUAAUAAUUUUUUGGUAUCCAUCGAUGGUAUUGGAGAAUAUAAGUCUAUACAAAGUAUUAGAAUUAAAUUAUAA